AGUGAGAAGUAAAUGGUGGAGGUGAUAUGGUAAAUAGCGGAUGCCAAUCACAAACACUUAUGUCGUCACACCACUGGGUCAGAUAAUAAUAAUUCAAAAGCGCACACGAAAAGAAAAGACUGUGAGACACGCGUCUGUUUACACUGUCCACUUCUCAUCAGAAUAAAAAACCACCAUUUUUAUCAAUAAUAAUCGAGAUUAUUGAAUAUUUUCAAUUUGUAUUUUCUAAAGUCCUUUGUUUUAUGAUUAUUUUUCUUUCGAAAGACUGGAUUAAAAUUACUUACUUCCUUGUCUUAUAGAAUUUAAACACUAGUGCUAUAUAAAUUUGUCAAGUGGUAAACAGAACAACUGAAAGAAAAAAAAGUUAUGUUAAUGGAUGAAAUAAAACAUCAACAACCUUUGCUCUAUCAUACAUCCCUUUCAUCAAUCACUUCAUCAGAUAUAGGAAUAACACCAAUUCACAGCAGUGCCGUUAAUAAUAACGUUAAUAAUAGUUGUAUUGACACAGUGUACAUGAAUCAUAAUAAUAAAGAUAAGAUGUUAUCAACCACUUCAACAAGAAUCGAAUCACCAUGUUGUCAAAACCCAUCCUCAUCAGCUGUUAGUCCUAAUACUAGUCCGAUGGCAAUGGAUCAAUGGUCUGCAACUUUGUUAGCUGCACAAGCAUUAGUCAGAACGAAAAAAGUGUUUAUCGGUGGCGUUUCGACAGGAACUACUGCAGAUGAAUUGAAAAGUUUUUUCAGUGAAUUCGGUAAAGUGGAAACGUGUGAAUUAAUGAUGGACAAGGCCACAAGUCGACACAGAGGUUUCGGUUUUGUAACAUUUGAAAGUGAACAGGCAGCAGAGAAAGUUUGCUCAAUUCACUAUCAUGAACUGAAUGGUAAAAUGGUUGAGGCCAAGCGAGCUUUACCUAAAGAAGUACUCAGUUCAAGUAAUGCUUUAGUUAAACAAAGAAGUUUACUGCCUAAUGCAUUUGCCCUACCAAAUGAGGUCGAUUCAGCGGCCACGGCGGCGGCAACAAUCGCUGCAGCUGCGCUUGCUUCAAGACAACAACAACAUCCUCAUUAUCAGAAUAUAAAUCACAACCUACCGAAUUCAGGAUCUGCAUUUGUCUCACUUGCAUAUGCAUCUUUAAUGCCAUUCAAUCAGAUGCAGCCAUUUGGACUAUCAGCUAAUAAUUUUGUUGGAAAUCCCCUGAAUGUAUCAAACAUGACAAUGGAAUCCUCAGGAAUACAUCCUCAAAACCUAAAUCAUUCAGGUUCAAUUGACUUUCCACCUGCAACUGUAUUACAAAAUGGUCAUUCAAAUUCUGUGAUAAGAUUCCCACCAAUCGGUAUCCAACCAGAUGUUAAUCUUCGACCCUCCUGUCCCUUAAAUUUUGCCUAUAAUUCACCUGCAGCUUAUAUCAAUUCAACAGGUGCUUUAACUCCAGCUGGUAAUUAUUUGACCAAUACCAUUCCGAAUGUACUUAGCCUUGCACCACCAGGAACAAUUCACACUUUAAUACCUAAUUUAACAUAUAAUAUUUUAACAACACUUCAUGACCAACAAAAUCAACAGCAGCAAACUCAUCAAGUUCAACAAGCAGUUGGACAACAAAGUCAGACAAUGCCACCUCUCUCUUUAGAUGUUGAAACUUUGAAACAACAGGUUCAGUUGCAAAAUUGGCCUAGCAAUCCACCCUAUUCAUUGGUUACAUUAAAUCAAAAGAUCUUAGGACAAAUCCAUUCACCUACUAAUUUAUUUGCUGUUAAUCAAAAUCAGAAAAUUUCCAAUGCACAAGGAAAUGAUUCAACCAUAGGCUUGACUGAUGCAUCACCUACAAUGUGGUUACUGCCAGCCAAGAUCCCACGUUCUUUCAGUCCUAAAAAAUACCAUUCAAAGAUUCAGCUUAUCAGAGUUCACUAAAAGAUGUUAGAAAAAAAAUACCUAUCCAUCCAUCCAUCUUUCCAUAUGAUAUCUAUUUUCAAUUUCAAAAAUCAAGUAUCUUCUGGAAAAUCUAACAAAUUUUGCUUUGUAUUUAAUCGCAUUGUAUUGUGAUAUCUUCUCAAACUUUCUUUCUUUAUCUUAAUCGAAGUCACUUUCUAAUUACCUUCAUGUCAAUUUUACAAGUAAAAGUUGUGAUCUUAAUACCUGAAAUAAAAAAACAUUGUAUCAAUUGAUCAUGGAACUAGUGAUUGACUUUAAAAAGCUCAAAACGUAUUGAAAAUUCAGUCUUUUUAUGGAAAGGGAAGUGAAAUAAAACACAAAUAUUCAUCAACAUUGUUUUUUCCAUUCUGUACAAGUGUUCGAUAUGUUUCGUUUUCUUAAAGUAAACAAAUAAAUAGUUAUUGUGUUUUG